UUUGAAUUUUGUGAAUUCGAGUUAAGCAAAUUUUCUGGCGCCAGUUAAUUGUUUAUUUUCCUGUUCUUCUUUCUAUGCCAAAAAUUUGCCUAAUUUAUUUAUUUAAAAUAAUCCUUAAAGUGUCACAAAAUUAAUUUAAUUAUGGAAGGUUUAAAACCUAAUCAUUCCUUAAACUUGGAUAUUAAUGCCCAAAGAAACUUCAUGAAAUUCUAUGCAAAACUUGGAGAAAAACCAGCCACAACAGUUCGCUUUUUCGACCGAACAGAGUUCUAUUCCAUCCACGGACACGAUGACACCGAUGUGGUGUCUCGAAUCGUCUACAAAAGCACUGUUCACAUCCAGGACAUGUCACCCGAUGGCACUGAUGACUCCGACAAGCUUCCCUAUGUCACUGUCUCGAAAAACCACUUCGAAAAUGUCAUCAGAGAAUUGCUGCUGGUUAAAAAUUACCGAGUCGAGGUCUACACAAAGAAACCGAACUCGUCCGAUUGGAAAAUCGAGUUCAGUGGUUCGCCUGGGAACCUUCUACAAUUUGAAGACUUGCUCUUUUCGAAUAAGGAAGUUCUGGUGGGAAAUACUUUGAUCGCACUGCAAAUCCGUAUGGAAGGUGCUCAGAAGAAGAUCGGUUUGGUGUCGGUGGAGCAGAACGAUUGUCUCUUCUUGGCGACCGAAUUCGUCGAUGAUGAUUUCUUUACUGAGUUGGAAGCAACAGUUGUUUUGUUAGGCCCCAAGGAGUGUCUACUUCCGAAUAGUGAUGGAGAGUACGCAGCCAUUAAAACCCUCAUGGAACGCAACGGAGUUAUGGUGUCUCCGGUGAAGAAAAACACCGGAGAUAAAUCCGAUCUCGUUCAGGAUCUAAAUAAGCUCCUGCGCUUUGCCAAAGGACAACAAAAGGAUGCAUCAACAUUUCCCGAAAUUCACAUGGAACUGGCCAUGGAGUGUCUUCGAGCAGCUAUCAAUUAUCUAAGUCUGGUCUCCGAUGCAGGCAAUCUUGGACACUACGCUCUAAAGACACUUAAUCUCAACCGCUAUGUCCAUCUGGAUGCUGCUGCAGUGUCAGCUCUCAACAUCCUUCCCAAGCCAGGAACUCAAAACACCUCACCAUCCUUCCGCUGGCAGAGUAUUCUGGGAGUUCUUGAUCUCUGUCGUACGGCACAGGGUCAUCGCCUAAUGGCUCAGUGGGUGAAGCAACCUCUCCGCAGCAAAGAAGUCCUCAACGACCGGCAUGAUGUCGUCCAGUGUUUGACAGAGAGUCCAACUGCUAUGUCCUCAAUCCAUGAUGAUUACUUCAAGCGCAUUCCAGACAUAUUAAUGCUCACUAAGAAGCUAAUGAGGAAGAAAGCCUCACUGCAGGAUCUCUUUAGGAUCUAUCAGGUUAUUUUGAGAGCUCCUCGUCUCAUUACGUCGCUCUCGGAAUUGGAGAACAACACAGUGACGGGCGUCAUCUGCGAGCCAAUGAAAAGCACCCUCGCUGACUUGGUGGGCUUGAAACAAAUGGUAGAGCAGGUGAUUGAUUUGGAAAUUGUCGAAAAUGGAGAGUACAUGGUGAAGGCUUCAUUCGACGACGAUCUGGCUGAGAUGAAGAGCAAAAUGGAUAGCCUCCAUGAAAAAAUGAAUAACUUACUAACGAAGGCCAGUCAGGAUCUGGAACUCGAUAAGGGACAAUUUGUUAAAUUGGAAACUGUCUCCCAUCUUGGUUAUCACUUUAGAAUUGCUCUCAAAGAUGACACUGUCUUGAGAAAAUCCAAAACUUAUAAGAUUCUCGAUGUUAUUCGAGGUGGAGUUCGUUUUACUUCGGACAAACUUUCAGGCUACAGUCAGGAUUUUGCUGAAAUUCGAGAGCAAUACGAGGAGCAGCAAAAGACCAUCGUCGAACAAGUUAUUGAUGUUGCCAAAGGCUAUUCGGGUCCUCUAACGUCGUUGAACAAUCAAAUUGCUCAAUUGGAUUGUUUGGUUAGUUUUGCUGUGGCUGCUUUCAACGCACCCACUCCGUAUGUUCGUCCAAAGAUGCUUGAUGAGGGAUCUGGAGUGCUAAAACUGAAAGAAGUGAGACAUCCAUGUCUGGAAUUGCAAGAGAAUGUCACCUUUAUCUCAAAUGAUGUGGAAUUCAAGAAGGAUGAUUGCAAUAUGUUCAUCAUAACUGGGCCCAAUAUGGGCGGUAAGAGUACUUAUAUCAGGUCUGUGGGAACAGCUGUACUUAUGGCACAUGUUGGGUCAUUUGUGCCCUGUUCUCAGGCAACUAUUUCUAUGGUGGACUCGAUUCUGGGACGAGUAGGAGCGAGUGAUAACAUCAUAAAAGGUCUGAGUACAUUUAUGGUGGAGAUGAUUGAAACCUCCGGAAUCAUAAGAACUGCCACUGACAAAUCUCUUGUGAUCAUUGACGAACUGGGACGAGGAACGUCGACAUACGAAGGUUGCGGAAUUGCUUGGUCAAUUGCUGAACACCUCGCCAAGGAAACCAAGUGUUUCACAUUGUUCGCAACCCAUUUCCAUGAAAUCACCAACCUUGCCGAGACCUGUUCUACAGUAAGAAACUGUCAUAUGGCAGCCUUGGCUGAUGACGAGAACUUCACUCUACUCUUCCAAGUUCGUCCGGGAGUUAUGCAGAAGAGUUUUGGUAUUCAAGUUGCUAAAUUGGCAAAUUUUCCAGACUCCGUUGUGAAGAUGGCUCAGAAUGUCUAUCACGAAUUUGAGGAUGAAAAUGUCCAAAAACGUACUCAAAAAGAUGAGGAGUUAAUCAAUAAAAUCGAAACAGCCAUUGACAAUUUAUCAUCGGGCAAUAAUGUUGACAUCAAUGAAGGUGAUCUAACUAAGUUGGUGGAACAAUUUAAGAAAGACAUUCAAGAACUGGAUAGUGAGUACUUUAAAGCAGUUCUGUCGACUGCAAGUGAUUAAAAUUAAUAAAUACCUAAGUACAAAAGAAAUAAUAAACUUGAAGAUCUGCGAUCACAAAAAACUAACAUAAUACACAUCACUUUGAAAGUGGUCUUCCUUCGGCAUAACGAAUAAAUUUUAACAGUAUUUUCCUAUAAAUUACCUUUUUUUAUAUACAUUAUUAAAAAUAGUUUAUAAACGUG